ACAGUGUGAAGGGCGAAGUUGGUACCGCUCUGAGUGCGGACUCAGUGGCUCCAGGCUUCCAGGCGAUGGUUUCUCCCGGAGCGGAGGGCCUGGGCCCCUGAGUAGGAGAAGUCCUGGGCUGGAGGGCUGCUGCCCUGUCUUUUAAAUUCUUUCAACACUUACGGUCUGCGCCCCACGGAACUUUGAGGCAGGGGGGUGGGGCUGGGAAGCGAAGCAAAGAAAAAGCAACUGAAAGGAGAGGGGGAGGCUCAGUGUCAGGCCGGCCGGCGCCCUCCUCUCUUCCUGCUCAGCCUCCCGCCGCCUCAGCCUCCCUGGGCUCAGCCCGAGCGAGCGGCCACCGCCACCGCAUUCUGUCUCAUGGCCCGCUGCGAAUUCAGCCAGCUGUCCCGGGACGAGCCCUGCUGCCCGCUGUCGCGUAGAGGCCGGCUCUGCCUGGGCCUCGCGCUCCUGGUCCUGAUCCUGUCCGCCGCGGUCCUGCUCGUAGCGCUGACGCGGUCCCCGACACCGACCCCCGAGGCCUUGGCGUGGAACGGGACCGGCUCCACGCGCAACCUCUUCGCGAUCGUCCUGGGCCGGUGUUACACCUACACCCAACUCCUGCGGCCGGGCCUCGGAAGCGAAGCCUGCCCAAAGAUACUGGAUGCGUUCAAAAGUGCAUUUAUUUCAAAGAACCCUUGCGACAUUAUGAAAGAGGACUACCAACCCUUAGUUGACUUGGUCAAUCAAACCGUACCCUGCAACAAGAGUCUUUUCUGGAGCAAGUCCAAGGAGCUGGCCCAUCAGUACUCCUGGGUGCAGGGCGGGAUGUUCACGCUGGAGGACACGCUGCUGGGCUACCUUGCUGAUGACCUCACGUGGUGUGGAGACCCCAGCUCUGUGGAACCGAACUAUCAGUCUUGCCCACGCUGGAAUGAAUGCCUCAAUCACACUGGCUCAGUGUUCUGGAAAGUGAUUUCCCAGAAGUUUGCAGAGUCUGCCUGUGGUGUGGUCCAGGUGAUGCUCAAUGGAUCCCUCAGUAAACCCUUCCAUAAAUCCAGCACUUUUGGAAGCGUGGAACUCUUUAGUUUGGAUCCAAGGAAGGUUCAUACAUUACAGGCCUGGGUGAUGCAUGACAUCAGGGGAAAUUACAGUGACUCAUGCUCAGGUCCCUCCAUCAGGGAACUGGAAUCGAUUGUAAACAAAAGGAAUAUUACAUUUACCUGCCAGAAUAACUACAGGCCUGCCAGGCUUGUUCAAUGUGUGAAAAAUAUUGAGCAUUCAUCUUGUGCAUCUAAGAUCUGAGUCACAUUUGUGUUGGAUCUUGGACCCCUUGUGAUAUGUAAGACUCAGCAACACCCCUGUGGAGAGCUGAUGAUUUGGGGGAGAGUUCUCAGUCGUAAGGUGAACACCAAAGAUGGAAGCUUUGUCUCUCAAAGUACUAAGAUAACUUAUGUUAUCGGCAUAGUUUUCCUUGUGUUCUACUAAAAUUCAAA